AUGGAUCAAUUCACAGACGGGAAAGAAUUAUUGUCAACAUCAUCAUUAGAAGCAGUAGCAUCAAGCAAGUGUAAGAAAAAAGGUUUACGCUGCGGCGAUAACGAUGGCGGAAAUUCAGAGCCCCGGAUCCCUCAUGACACAGUAAUCGAAGUGCUCAAGCGUCUUCCGGUCAAGUCCCUGAUGCGAUUCAAAUGCGUGUCCAAGCUCUGGCACUCCACUAUUUCUGAUUCUGGUUUUGCCGACGGGCUCCUCAUUACUUUUACCGACGUAGAUGCUUCAUCCCAACCCUGGCAACCGGUCCAGCGCUUUAUUCGCGUUUCCUCUGAUAAAACCCUACAUCACCAGGCAAGCAUAUUACUCACUGAUUACGACGUUACCCAGGCCAUCAAUGGCCUUGUUUGUUUAUAUGAUAAUACGAAUAACCGCAUUUUCUUAUGCAAUAUUUACACCCGUGAAAAUUUGGAGCUUCCAUCCCUACGAUUUGAUACUCGUCGCGCGAAAUAUUAUUUUGGGUACGAUCCAAUUAAAGAUUUGUACAAGUUACUUAAAGUAUGUUCAGACAAAGUUGGUGAUAUUUUUACUUUGGGGAUAGACACACCAAUGUUCCGUGGUGGUUAUCCUUGUGAGAUUCUCACUUUGGGGAUUGACUCUUCAUGGAGGAUCGUCCCUCCUGCAACUCUUGAUUUAAAGACACAAAGCAUUUGCAUAGAUGGAGUUCUGUAUUGGGGUCGGGACGGUCACCCUAAUUACGCAGUGGUUGCUUUUGAUCUAAUGAAGGAGAAGUUUCGGGUUGAACCUAUACCUGAUUAUAUGGCAGAGACCAUCAAAUGGAACCGGUUUAAUGUUAUGGGACUUGGAGGAAGGCUUACCUUGGCGCAGGUUGAAGCAUGUUUAUUUGAUGACGGGAAAUUGAUCUUAUGGGAAUUCGAUGAUGAUCAAGUAGGAUGGACCAAACACAUUGUUGAGUUGCCAACAGAGUUGAGCGAAGAGGGAUGUCGUUUUCCUGUUGGAAGCCUCCCUACGGGAGAAUUGUUACUUGCUGAUUACAGACUCAACUCUCCAAUGACUGUUUAUUCUUAUGAUCGUGCAGAAGGGAAGUUUGAAAAGUUUUUGAUGGCUGAGUUCCCUUCAUCUCUGCCUUUAGUAUGCAGGGAAGCAAAGCUUCGAAUAACUUAUCACAAGGGAAACUUUGCCCGGUUGGAUCAUUUGAUCAGAGGUUGUAAUUCACUUUCAUCAUCUGUGCCAUUAUCAGAUAGACAUUUCAUCCAGUGA